CUCCCCCAAACCCCGAGCCUCGGCCCCUCGCCGUCGCGGCAGCCAACCCUAGCUCCGCAUCCCGGGUCCGUUGCCGACCUCCCCACCCCCAUUCCCCAGCCUCGUCGAGCGAGCGUGCCGGGAGUCUGAGGAAGGCCGCGAUCGGUGACUGGUGGCGAGGAUCCAGAUCCGGCCAUGAAGGAAAGGGAGGCCGCGGCGUCGGCGGCGGCGCCUGGAUCCGACAAGCCAGAAUCCCAUUGGACGGCCGACGAGAACGCCGGAGAUUUCAUCAGCAGGCUCCCCGAUGCCAUCCUUAUGACCAUCAUCUCCCUCCUCCCCACCAAGGACGGCGGCCGCACGCCGGUCCUCUCCCGCCACUGGCGCCACCUGUGGCGCUCCGCGCCUCUCAACCUCGAGGUGAGCGCCCCCAUCCCCGGCGCCCCUGCCUCCUCCGUGCCCCCCUCCGCCGUCUCCCAGAUAAUCUCCAAACACCAUGGCCCAGUCCGCCGGUUCUACUUCCACUGCCCCCGUGGGGAUUUCUACGCUCAGGCUGGGAGCUGGUUUCACUCCCUAGCACUCGCCAAGAUCCACGAGAUCAACGUCAGAAACGUCAGCCUCCCUGCAUCCGCGCUCCGCGCAGCAUCUUCCACCCUCGCCGUUGCCCAGAUCUGCCAGUGUGAUUUCCCCGGGGAGGGGAUCGUUCCGGCCAUGAAUUUCCGCGUCCUCAAGCAGCUCACCCUAGCGUUCCUUUACAUCUCAGUGGACUUCUUCCAUGGACUGCUCUCCGGCUGCCAUGCCUUGGAGAGCUUAUACCUGGACGGAGUUUGUGUUUCUGGUCGCCUCCGUGUUAGCUCGCCGACUCUUAAGAGCAUGAGCAUCGGUCUCCAUGAUAGCGCUCAUGGAUUAGCAGAAGUGGUCAUCGAGGACGCUCCUAGCCUUGAGAGGCUGCUGUUACCUCAUGCUGACGGAGAGGUAGAGGGUCAUGUAACUGUCCGGUUUAUCAGAGCGCCUAAGCUGGAGAUAUUGGGCCCUGUCUUCCAAGUCUUGGAGCUCCUCCUCUUCCAGGGAAUAUACCCAGUAAGCUCGGUAAACCCGAUGCGCACCGUGAAGGUUUUGGCUCUCUGGUCCUCUGGAGAAAAACUAUACAAAGUUCUUAACAUCCUCAGGUGGUUCCCUUGUUUGGAGAAGCUCUAUGUCAUUUUUCGUCAACACUUCAGGAUGGGCGAGGGAAAUGAGCCUCAGCAUGACCCACUGCAUCAUAUUGAAUGCCUUCAGACCAGUCUAAAAAAGGUGGUGUUUAAGUCUUUUCUGGGCCACAAGAAACAGGUUGACUUUGCCAAGUUCUUUGUUUUGAAUGCAAAAGUGCUGAAAAAGAUGGAACUUGAAGUAUAUGGUGACUACAAAGGUGAAGCGCUGGCUUUUCAACACAGGCUGCUACAAGUGGAAAACAGAGCAUCUCAAGAGGCUCAGUUCGAGUUCACGAGUAAUUGUCGUCAUACUGAGUACGUUAUCAACAAGUGUAUCCAUGAUUUGUCAGUGGCUGACCCCUUCGGACGGGUUGGUGCCUGAAGAUUGCACUAUCAUGUCUUGUGCUCAUUUUGUAGACGAUGUUCAUGCCUGAAGAUUUUCUGCAUAAGUCUGCUCUGUUUUUAGUCUAAAGUUACUCUGUAAUUCCAGUAACUCAUGAAGGUCGCCUGUUUAAACUGCAAGGGGUAUGUAACCGGGAGGGAGCUGGUAACUCCAUUUGCCGAAACUCCUCAUACCUUGUGAAUCUGUGGCCUUGUUCUGCCUAAGCUGGGCAAGAAACACAUGCUUGUGUUUGGAAACUUAAUUGACGUUUCAGUUAUGCACAAAAGCACAAGAAGUUUAUUUGCUGA